UACAUGGCCAUCAUCCACCCGCUGCAGCCCAGGCUGACCUCCACGGAGACCCGCCUGGUGGUCCUGGUGGUCUGGAUCCUGGCUCUGCUGCUGGCCUUCCCGCAGUACUACUACUCCACCACCGCGCUGCUGCCGGGACGCACGGUCGACUGGCCCGAGUACCACGCCGUGGACGCCAAGAAGAUGUUCAGAGCCAGAUUCCAGCAGGUGUUCUGCUGCUGGACUCUCACCGGGGACCAGAACCAGCUGGAGCUCAAGUCCCCCCGGUACCUGCAGACACAGGUCAGCAUCUACCGAGCCAGUCGGAUGGAGACAGUCGUCUCCGUCGCCGUUCACCCGUCAGCGGCGAAGCAAAAGAGGGCGGGGCUAACCGAGACCCCCGCUGCCGCCCCGCACUAA